AAAACUACCCGCCCCGGCGCCGCGCAGCGCCCGCAGCAGGAGCGGCCUGGCCGGUGCUGGCCUUGUCAGCCGCUGCCAGGUGGCUUGCGGCACAGAGUCGGUGGGGAGUGACGGGGGUAGUAAGUAAUGGCUGCUGGACAGCUGAGUUACUCUCCUCCCCCCCGCCACUGGCUUGUGGUACAUUCCUCUUAGAGCCCAGCCAGGCGCUGCUGUCAGGCCAGGGCCUGCUGCAAACCGACCGUGGGACAGAUUCAGACGUUAUAAGUAGCAACGGCCCAGCCCCACGCUUGCUGCCUGAGCCAGGAGGAAUUAGAAGGAAUUCGAGCUUUUCCCAAGAAAUAAAAAUGUCUCCAGAUUCAGUCGCUUCCUCCUCCUCAGCCAAGAGCCUCUGCUCCAGUGCUUUUAAAAUUCACAAUGUCUGCCGCCGCCUAACCAGGAGGUCUCACGGAUUUUAUACAAAAGAUGCGGGUGUCGCCCACAGAAAAAACAUGGGAAUCCUAAGAAUGCUAGUGUGUCAGGAAAGUACUAAAUUCAAGCAUGUUUGGACAACUCAUUCCACAUCUCCUAUUGCUUAUGAGCGCGGAAGAAUUUAUUUUGACAAUUAUCGGUGCUGUGUGAGCAGCAUUGCACAAGAGCCAAGAAUACUUUAUCAACUGCCAACAUGUUCUAAAUCAGAAAAAAUAGAGGAUGCAUUAUUAUUGGAAUGCCCGUUGGGGGAAACGCUUCCCAGUCCAUCAGACUAUAAAUCUUCUCUUGCAGUUUUGACUGCUCAUAACUGGCUCCUUCGUCUCUCUGCUAAUACUGGAGAAAUACUGGAAAAAAUAUACCUCCCACCCUACUGCAAAUUCAGGUAUCUGAGCUGGGACACUCCUCAAGAGAUUAUGGUUGUCAAGUCAGCUCAGCAUAAACUUCCAGCAGCAGCACAGCAGGCAGGCAUCCAACAGUCUGUGCUAUUCUUUCUUGCUGUAUUCAGAGUGCUACCUCUGAAAUUUAUUGGAAUGCUGGAGAUAAACAAAAAAAUAUUUGGGAACAAUGUGACAGAUGUUGCAGUUUCUCAUGGAAUGCUGAUUGUGAUGUAUAGCGUGGGUCUGGUCAGGCUCUAUAGUUUCCAGUCUAUCUCUGAGCAGUUCACAGAGCAGCAAUUUGAUUUGGGAUGCAAAUGCAACUGGAAUGGUAAAGUCGGAAUUGUAGGAAAGUAUCCAUUUGGCCUUCCUUGUAACAUUAAAAUAACAGAUACCCCACCUUUGCUAUUUGAAGUGUCUUCUCUGGAGAACUCAUUUCAGAUUGGAGGAUACCCUUGGCAUUACAUCAUCACGCCUAACAAGAAAAAGCAUAAAGGAGUCUUCCAUAUUUGUGCUCUGAAAGACAAUGCUUUGGCAAAAAAUGGCGUACAGGAUAUGAAGUGCUGUUCAUUAGAACCCGACUGGAUAUAUUUUCAUCCAGAUACUUCAGGCAGAAUAAUCCAUGUGGGACCAAAUUUGAUAAAAGUCUUGAAGCUGAAAGAAAUUGAAAAUAAUAAAUACCAGCAGGAAAUUGCAGAAGAUUUUGUCAUCAUGGCCAACAGGCAGAACAAUGCGAACAACUCAGUAACUGUAACCGCUUCUGGCCGAGUGGUGAAAAAGCGUUUUAACCUGCUGGAUGAUGACCCAGAACAAGAGACUUUCAAAAUUGUGGACUAUGAAGAUGAGCUGGAUUUGUUAUCUGUUGUGGCAGUUACUCAGAUAGGAGCUGAUGGGAAAGCUCACCUUGACUUUCACUGUAAUGAACAUGGGAUUCUACUUAAGAGUAUUCCUUUAGUGGAGUCUUGGGAUGUGACUUACAAUCACGAAGUUUACUUUGACAGAGACAUUGUGUUACAUAUAGAACAAAAGCCUAACAGGAUCUUCAUCUGUUAUCUUUACCAAAUGUUCUGUGAUAGUGCAGAGGAAGAUGAACAUUCAAGCCUUGAAAAAGCGGAGAAAGGUUUUUGUAAAAAAAGGGGAGAAAAUUUUUGAAUGUUUUUAAGAGAGAAAGACCUUCUGCAUAGGCUUCACUCUACACAAUAUCCACAGACUUUGUCUCUUUGGACUAGUCAAAUAUUAUGUUUCAUCCACUGUGUGUUAAAAUGUAUAUUUUGAGCUUAAAUAUUUGUAUUGUCAGGGUUUUUUAAUUUCUCUUUUGCAUAUAAAGAUAGUCAUUGUAUAUAUUUUCAUAGACGAGAAUUUAACUUCAUUUAUUUACCUUUUACUUUUCUAUUGAUUAUGGCUACUGAUUAUGAUAUUGUAACACAAAUAAUGAUCGUAUUUAUUGCCCUUGUCCACCAACCAACCUGAUUUAAAUACUGGGUAUCAGGCAUAAGGACUUGAACUUACUGACAUCCAUACUUUUACUUAUGCUUAGAUCUUCUCUUGCAACUUUCUUUUAAAUUAUUCUAUAUUGUAGUAAAUAAAAAUUUUAGGAUAAAAUUAUAUAUAGAAUCAAAAUGGCAGAGUUGUCAUCAAGCUAUUUAGACAUGAGGGAACCAUGACCUGCUGUGAAUCAUACUUGACAGUGUAAAAACACUUAAGGGGUUUUUUUUAAAUGACGUGUCUAGUAAUUAACCUAACCUACUUAUCCUUCCUUCCUUCCCUCUUUGUGAAACCCACUAAUUUGAUGAUCUCUUCCUAUGUCACAGUCCAGAAAUUUUUAAAUCUGAGCCAGAGGUGUCAAACACCAAGCCUCUUUGAUGCACUGCUGUAUCCCGUAUGGCAUAUUGAGAUUAUGAAGAAUGUAAGCAUUCAUUUCUAAAAAACAGCAAGUGUCUCGGCCUCAUGACUGCAACAAAAGCUUUCCAAAUAUGAGCCACAAACACCCUAAAAUAGUGGCUCUGGGAGAAGUGAACUCCCCUCCCCUAAUUCAUCUCUCAGGAGUGUUAAUUCUCAAUCCUGAUAAUUAUACGUCAGAUGUGAGCAUUAUCUAUUUUAUUGAUGAUCAUUUUAGCAGAUGGAAUGAGGAAGGGCUUGAGCAUACAGCAAGUGGCAGUGGAUACUGUGAGUUUCUACCAGGAAUGAAAUGCAGAUGGUGGAAGAAAAGAAGAAAGACAAAGAGGGCGGAAUAAAAGAGAGAGGAGAAUGGGGAAGGAUGGGAAACAGAGAAAUAGCAGUGGUCAUAAAAAACUGAGCAUAUUUUUCCCUCUGAUACUAAAUGUUACAAUAAGACACAACCCAUAAUAACUAAGGUUAAGAUUUUGUCACAGUUAUUUUCAGUAAAAGCCACGAACAGGUCACGGGCAAUAAACAAAAAAUUUUGGAAGCCUGUGACCUGUCUGCGACUUACUAAAAAUAAUGGGGGGGAAGGAAGGAGGGAUUGACAGCUCCAGUCCCACCUGCCCCCUAAUGGCAGACAGCUCCGGGGCCCCUGCCACCACUGGCAGCUGAUAGCUAAGGAGUCCCCAGCAGUUCUGGCCCUGCUGCAGUGGGGCUGAAGCUAAAGCGGAAAAUGUCACAGAGGUCUCUGAAAGUGAUGGAAUCCAUGAGCUCCAUGACAAAAUCUUAUCCUUAAUAAUGACUAAACAUAAGGGCCUUAUUUAACAUUAGGGCUUGAAGUGGUUUCCAUUAUAUUCAGGGUUUACAGUUUCGUUUAAUGGCUCUCAGCACCCCCACUAUACAAAUUGUUCGAAGCACCCGACCAUAAUUUUAUCCUUGAUCUUUCUAUAAGCCUCCCCCUGCCAUCAGUGGGAGAUCCACUGUGGACAGUAUAUAGUCCUGAAUGUAUUCCCUGCACCAUACAUCAUAAUUAACAAUGUAAUUCUGCCUUAUUACAUGGCAUUAGUUUGAUACCCUUAAUCUAAAAUUGGUUUAAAAGUACUACUUUAUUAUAAUCACUUAGUUUGGGGUCAAAUUAUCAGUCAUCAACUGCGCUCUCACCACCAAGUUGUGAUGUGGAAACAUUCUGAGCAGUACUAAGGAAAAAACAUUUGCCCUACAGUUUCAGGGCUUUGAGCCAGCCAGUCUAGUGUCCUGCCUAGUCAGUGGACAGUAUCUGGUGCUAUAUAGGACAGAUGGGAUGGAUAGGGUGAAGCAUAAAGUGCUUAUCUAGAGCCCAAUCCUUAACCAGGCAGCCUUUUGUGCUGUAAUUAUAUAACUGAACAAAAGCCAGAUACUUUCAACAAUUAUCUCUAACUCAGUACCCAUUCUUCCCUUUGCUAAGAUUCUGCCUUCUCAGUCACAAUGAAGACAACCCCAAAUCACCUUCUUAUUCAAAAAAGUGUUCUCAUAGCCCUGUUUUUAUAUCAGGAAAAGAAAUUGUUACAAAGACACUGGAAAACAGAAUUGGCAUCAACACUUACAAUGGACAAAAUUACUCUCAAGCAGAGAGGCAACCUGGGCCUUUCCAAUCCCAAGAAGUGCUUCUAUAUAUUAUUGGUUCCAGACAACUCAACCCAAUAAUUCUUCAUCUGAUAACCUUCACACUUCCUUUCACCUCUCACUUUUUUCUAAUCAUCUUCCCUUAGAAUGCCUGCCCUAUCCACUUCUCUACAAACCCUACAUACUUCAAGCUCCUUCAUUUUUUUCAUGUCCUCCCACCUCUUCUUUCUGUUAAUCAAUUUCAUGUUUAGAACAUAUAUACUUUUGGGGGAAAUGCCACACACUUGGUUUUAAUAAUACUCUUUAUUCCCAUUUCUACAUCAUUAUUUUGGGUGCACACACAAUAUGUUUGGAUUGAUACUAUCUAAUAUUGGAAUCCAUAUGUCACCUUUUUAAUUCAAUUUUAAAGAGUCAUUUGUUAGGAACAUUAAUGUUGUAUAUAAAAACAGAAGAUUUAGCAAUAUGAAUCUGAACCCAACAAAUAUUUAAAAAUUCAAAAUACAACUGCACCCUGCAGUACCUAGGCUGUUUUGGUGGAUAUUUUGUACUUUAUUAUCCAAUAUAAAACUGGUCCAGAAAGACCGUGCUUAUGUUACAUGUAGAAGAAGUUCAGGGUCUUUUGAAUGUGAAAGUAGUUGAGACCACCUACAGAUCCAGGAUAAGGACCAUGGUUGACAAAUCCACUACUUGGGCACAGUGGAACCGCCAACCACAAGGACAAAGCUCCUCUGCAGGAGACAGGUCUUUCCUCAGGGUCUAAUCCAUGCUGUGGAACGAAUUCCCACAGGACGUAAGGACCACCAUAAACCUCAGCACCUUGCACUCCACGUGCAAGGCACACUUUAACUUGUCUUCUCUAAUAUAAACACACAGCAUCUUGUAGAUAUUUUAAACAAAAUCUACCAAAACAAAAACACUACACUGCACACACAAUUCUUUCCUGAGGAGAGGAUAAGAGGAUGAACCACAUGUGACAGAUGUUUGUUACAUCAUUUAAUGCACUACUUGAAGGUGCUCAGAUACUACAGUGAUGAAUGCAGUAUAAGAACCUUUAUAGAAUAGAAUUUUAAUCAAUAAUAACUGGGCUCUAUUCUGAAAUUGUAGCGGUAUCAAUAUAGACAGAACACUCCCGCAAGGUGCUAAACUAUCUCAGUAGAAGCCAGUGGGAAGUAAUAAGAGUCAUUAGUGAGACCUGGAAAAAUGUCACGUGGACUGAAGGAAAGAAAAACUAAAAAGAUAUUUUGUAAGCAGUAGACCAAUCUCCAGGUACCCAGAAGACUUGCAUCUCUGACCACGGCAGUUAAGAGUUACACAAAGAGGAUUUAAAAACCCCAAAAUGUAAGUCUCUUCCCCCUUACUGGUUUUAGAGUUGAUUAGCAAUGGACUAUUUCAUCAUCAGAAGGGCACACUACACAUUGCAUUACUGCCGCAUGCAACCUUGAACAACUAGAUUUGGCAGGAAGCAAUAAAGGCAGAGACACACAGGAACUUCCUCAAAGUGCCAGUUGGGCAGAGCUGGUAUUGAAUCUGUCUCCCUGGCAAUCUUAUGGCAGAUCUGCAGAGUUGCUACUGUUAUCUAAAAAAACCCCACUCAACCUUUUCUUGAUACUUUUUUUCACUUUUUGUUUUCCAAAUUGGUGUUUUGUAAUCAGUACAUGAGUGGUCAAAGCACUUCUUCCCUGAAUGAGAAAUUUCUAUUUCCAAUUGUAAAGUCUUCAUUAGCCUAUUAUACAUUGUACAGUGGAGUCAGCUGUUGAUCUGAAGAUCUGUUGAUGUGUGCAUGGGUUUGUGACACUUUCCAAAGACUGAUUUUUUUUAAAGCCAUUGCAGGCUUGUAAUAUCCUACUAAAUCAGUUGUCUUGUUAUGCAGAUGAAAUCUUCUGAAAUGUGGGAAGAAACUCAGUUUUCUCAAUAUCAGAUGUGUGUGAUGAAAAUGAUGCAUCACUGGACUCAUUCUGUGAAAGGCUUCAUUUUAAGUUAGGAUCCAUGGACCAAUUCUAUAAAAUUAGGGCCACACACCACUCUCAGUCCACUGCAAGUUUCACCAGUUAGGCUCUGUUCACAUAGUAUAGCUUUUCUUCAAGUGAAGAGAGAAUUAUCAUUCACUAUCAGAUCAAAAAGAGGACCUCAAAUACAUUUCACUCCCAUCUUCAGUUAGCACCAAAACAUGUACAACAGUAAUGAUUCAAAUUUCUACUCUUCCCAAAUAGCCCCCAUCUGUCUCAGAAUCUCAGACUUGCUUUGCAUGAGUACUGUGUGUACAGGGACAGGAACUAUUGUCCAUUAACAACAAGUAAGCAGAACAUUUGCACUUCUGUUUAUCAAUUUGGAUCAAUUUAUAAUUUCAAAAACAUUAUUGUGAUCUAACAGCAUCCGAAUGCCAAAGGGCUCGCUGGUAUCUGGUAGUGAGUUUCAGCUGGCCUGAUCAGUUGAAUGUACGCCAAUUCACGGAUGUGAUAACCUGUAUGUAAAAGGUGGCAUAUAAGAUACCAAUAGAGCGCUAAUAACAUACUGAUCAUUAAUAUUAUUGUGUGGUGUACAGAGGACAAAUUCAAAAUUUCAAACAUAUUGAAAGUUAUGUUAUUAAAGUCUGUCUGCCGACAGACAAAGGAAGGUGGUUUUGUGACCUUGAAGAUAUUUCCAGAGAAAAUGGGCCUGCAAUUUACAUAGAAGAUAAAACAGGACCAUCAAGACAGCAGGGGAGGAGGCUGCAGGAAACAUCAAUUUGCAAUUUAGCAAACACCAGUGGGUAAGAAACCAGCAAGGAACUUUCACCACCAGACUCUCUGUUGCCUUCCUAACACCUUCAAUGAAGUUUACGUUAGGGGGGUAACCUUCAGAAGAAUCUAUUUCAAAGGUUCACUCGACCGUAAAGGAAAGGGACAAAGAACCCCAAGUUUUAGUUCAUGUAAGAAGACAAAGGAACUGAGCACUUAGGACUUUGUAGGAGAUACUGACCAGAGGGGUUAGUCAGCCAUCUUGCUGGAAGGUAGUAAGAUGAGAAUCAUCCCUUGAAUCAAGACUGUAGUUUUGUUACUUUUUAGAGACUGACUUGUUUUUCCACUUUUAUUUGCUUGUAUCUGUUUCCAACUCUAUCCUUUAUACUUGAACUCACUUAAAAUCUAUCUCUUUGUGAAUAAACUUGUUUUACUUUUAAUAAACCAA